AUGAUAAAUACACUCGUUAGAGAUCCAUUCUUAUCAAGUAUAACUACACUAAAUAGAAGAUUAUGGGUAGGCUAUCCAAAGGAUGUUAAUAGUAAAGAUAUUUCAGAUGAUACUUCUUAUAUAUUAGAAAGUGAUGUGGAUAGACUAUACAAGAUAUAUGCUAGCUCUAAAGUAUUCCUUAGGAAAUGUGGGAAAUUCACCAAAUUGGAGGUUUUCAAGAUUUUUAUGCAGGGAUUCAUGAAUAAUUAUAUUAAGUUAUUCGUGUUACAGCUCCUCCUUAUAUUGGUGUCAUGUUACUUUACUUACUAUGCUAAGUCUUUCUUUUUACAUACUUUGAGUUGUGACUCUAAGAGAGAUCUUAAAGUAGGUUUACUUCUACUGUCUAUUCAAAUUGUACAGAUAUUUUUAAGCACUUUUACUGAUUACUAUCGUGAGGGUCUCCAAGUUCGUGUCAGAGGAGCAAUAAUAUUACUUUGCAUGAAGAAUUUAAUAAACUCACAGUACAUUGAUGUAGAAGGUGUAUCUCUAGCUAAGAUACAGAGUUUAAUUUCAGUUGAUGGCGAGUUUUCGGAAUAUUCACUUUCAUAUGGUGUUGAUCUGAUUUUGCUUCCUUUGAACGUAAUGGUAACAUUGAUAUUUGCAAAAGUUAUAUUUGGUGGAGUGCCAUUACUUAUAUGUUCUACAUGUCUAUUAUUAUUUGGGUCAUUUGCUAUACUUAGUCAAUAUAUAAGUAGUAGCUAUAAAAGACCUUUUUUAGAUUAUAGAGAAGCUAGAGUUGCUGAGGAAGCAAGGCUACUAUCUCAUUCAAGUGAUAUAAUGGGUACAAAUCAAUAUUUAAUGGCUAUUAAGUAUUUGAUAAAUGGAAAUAGGAGAUUGGAGAUGUAUUAUAACGGAUGUAGGAAAUACUGGUUUGCUAUUGGGGAUGUUGCAUGCAACUGGAUGUCAAUUAUAUGUGCUUUGGGAUUUUGUAUUUAUGGGAAAGUUUAUGAAUUGAAGUCUGUUAAGGUAGCCACUACUAUAGUAGAAUGUGCAUAUUUUAUUCCAACAUAUAUAAAACCUUUAAGUUUAAUCGCAUAUUUAGUCUACUACUUAACAGAAGCUAAUAAUUCCUUGAAUAGAAUAUCAAAUCUUUUUAAUUGUAUUUUGGAAUAUUCUGAUCCUUUAGGAGAUAAAAUCACAGUGAUUAACUCCAAACAAUGCUCCAAUCUCCAUUUAUCCUAUAUUUCUAUUGAAUAUGGAGGGAAUUCACCACCAGUAAUACUUAGACCAGGAAUGUUGACUCUUUUGGUUGGUGAGAGUAAAUCUGGUAAAUCUAGCUUUUUAUUGAAUUUGAUAAGAUCUAACAAAUAUUCCAAGUCAAAACUUAAAAUGAAGUUUAAAGUUGUAUUUAGAGAUUUCAAUUAUUCGAAGAAUAAUAAUUCUAAACGUCUAAGUAAAGGAUAUAACUUGAAGAUUUUAGAAGAUAAUUCGGAGACAGAUCAUAAUUUAUGGACAAGUAGUUUAGAAGAAUAUUUCGAAAUUUAUUAUGUUCCACAGUCUAUAUGGGUUCCAGAUGGUUUAUCCUUAAAAGAUACAAUAUUAUGUGGGAGACCUUAUGAUGAAGAUUUAUGGAAUAAGACUAUUGAUGUUUGUUGCUUGCAACCAGAUUUUGAGCAACUUGGUCUUACCAAAAUUGAAAAUCCAUUAGAAUAUAAACUGAAUUUAAAACAACUCAGUAUGGGACAAAAAGCUCGUUUAUCAAUAGCUAGAGCUAUUUAUGAUGUCUCUUUGAAAUUAAAUCCUAUAUUUUUAUUUGAUAAUGUCUUGAUAUAUUUAGAUACUAAAGUUCGUAAUAAUAUAUUAUUUAAUCUAUUUAAUAGAGAAAGUGGAGUAUUCAGAUUUGGCUGUGGAAUUAUUGCAAUUGAACCUCAUAUGAUUGAUUCUACUUUAGUUAGUUUGAAAUCCAAAAUAUCCAGUUGUAAUAAACUUUUAGUAAAAGAGGUAGUUCAACAUUAUAACAAACUAGAAUUGGUUACAAGUAGGACUACAAAUAAAAAUGUUAUAUUAUCCUAUUUAAAUUCACGUCAAGUACAUUCAUCAGAUAAUAGUUGCAAUAUGGAACUUUCUAAACAUGAAUUGGCAUUUGUCAAUAUUUACAAUAUAGUAGACAAUUGUAUUAUAGAUGCAAAUUACUUAGAUAUUCAGUCUAUCCCUGAUGAAAGCUCUACAAAUGUGAUUUCUUAUGAAGACGAAAUAGCUGACUCAGGUACAUGUCUUGGUGUAUCUGAUAUGGUUGUAAAGUGUUUAGAUAAAUCUACCUUAAGGUUUAAUAGUAAUUUACAUAGUCCCAGUAUAUACUGGUACUAUUUAUUUAAAGCAGCUGCUACUAUUUCAUAUAGCAACUCAUUUAAAGGUACUCAAUCUGAUACAAAGAGAAAUUUUUUAUUUGUAAAUUUAUUCAUAACUUUACUACUACUACCCGCAAUUUUCUACAAGAUUUCGGAAUACUGUCUAGUUAAUGUACUCGCAAAUCCGAAGUCCAAUUAUUCGGAAUAUCUAUUCAAAGUACAUUUCUACAUUUAUUGUGGUUCAAAUUUGUUUUUAUUGGCCACAUCGUGUAUUAAAGCUUUUCUAGAGGUCUAUUUGGGACAAAGUGCUGCUAGAUAUACUCAUGACACCUUAAUAUCUGGUUAUCUAGGGACAAAUUCUAAUUUGAGAACCCUUCCAAGCUCACUUAUUUUCAAUAGACUCUCUACUGAUCAAUUGAUUAUAGAUUACUGCGCUACUAAACGUAUUGGACAAGUUGUUCAACACUUAAACAAGGUAAUAAUUGCAAGUAUAAUGGCGGCCUUUGCAAGUUCUUAUCCUGCAGUUGUUUUGGGAAUUAUCAUAUGUGUAUCACUCAUUAUAUAUUUGAAAUAUGUUCGUUACUUUAUUAACAGCUGUAAAUCUUUGCGUUUUUGUUAUCAAACUGAAAUUUCAUCUUUAAUAAAUACAGCUAGCACUAUUACAGAGGGGAUCUUAUGUAUUAGAUGUCAAAGGUUUAAUCACUUCUACACAAGUAAAACGACACAACAAAUAAAGGCCAUUUUGAUUCCACUUUAUGGGCAAGUAGCAUUGGAUAUUUGGUUAAGAUUGAGAUUGGAUCUAUAUUUAUCAAUACCUUUAAAUAUCUUCAACAUAUUAUUAUCCUCUUUUUUUGGAAGUCAAAUACCUUUGACUUUGGGUUUAGCUCUCUCCACAGCUCUUUCAGUUCCUAAAUAUGUAUCAUCAAUAGUUCAAUAUUGGAGUAAAAUGGAAAUUGAGCUUGUAGCUGUUUCAAGAGUUCGAGAAUAUCUUGAACAAAUUGAGAGUGACAACUUUGAAUAUUUGGGAAAAAAUGAAACUUCAGAAUUUACUAGUAAAUAUACUCCUGAAAUAUCUGAUCCAAAUAAUAUUGUAGAAUUCAAAGAUGUUUAUUGCUGUUAUUAUAAACUCAUUUUAGCAGAAUCAAGAUUCUGGGAUGAAGCUUUAGGAACCUUUACUGAAUUUCAAAUAAUACCAUGUAUUAAGGGUCUAACCUCAAAACUAUAUACAGGAGAUACCGUUGCUAUUAUUGGUAGAACUGGAUCUGGGAAGACAUCAAUUUUGAGAUUUAUUGCUGGGAUUUUGAAACCUUGUUGUGGAAAGGCAGUAAUAAAGUAUGGAGAACUUUCUUCUACCACUAAUAUUAAAGAAAAAUUACUAAAUUGGGGUUUGGAUUUAAGGACUGUAGAACCUAGCGUAUCUUGGAAUAUCUUCAAAAAUUUGGAGAGAACUAGAUACAUCGCUUAUUUACCUAUCAAAGUAUAUUAUCCUCAGAAGAUGACGAUUAAACGGAUUCUAGAUCCUAACAAUAUACACCAAGAUGAAAAUAUCAUUUCAGUCCUUAACAUAUGCAGACUUAAAUUGAAUAUUAAAUUUGAAAACAUGAGGAGUUCUCAAAUAGAUUGCACUUACCCAUUAAUGAGUAGUGAGUCCAUUCAAAAUCAAAUUUAUAUUCCUCUAGAGAAUUGUAAAUUCUCCGAUAAUCAACUGAGAAUAUUAACAUUUGCAGGUUUUAUUUUGAAUCGUUUGGAUAUCAAAAUCUUGUUGAUUGACGAACCUCCAAUAAUUAGAGAGAAAUCUAACAUAAUAGAUACAGACUCAUACUUAUUACCUUCUUUGAUUAGAGAAUACUUUUCUCAUUGUGUUGUCUUUAUUGCUGCUCAUGAAGGUUGUAGUUUGGUAGGAAUGAAGUAUAUAUGGUUGGUAAGUAACGGCAAUAUACGAAUUAUUUCUAAUGAAAACUUAUAA